CUACUUUGAGGCAUUAGCUCAGUAAUCCUCCACCUCUCUUUCUUCCUCUCAGCCCCCAGAUCCUCUCUUCUCAUUCAGCUGCAAAUAAGUCACUCUCUCUUCCUGUCAUUAUGAUCUCGUUUGCUAGGAAACCAGCGUUCAUUGUGUGAUGUCACACCCCGUCCCCAGAUAAAAGCAUUGUGGUGUUCUAGAACUCUUUCCUGAAGCUCCUGCUGGCUAGCCUCUCUCUCUUUUUUUAAUAGACCUGCCGGCACUUUUUUCUCCGGCAUGGUUCGACAAACAGCUUAAUAAUGGCAACCGCUGAAAGUUACCUGGGCGAUCACAGGGAAUUGGACGCCGCUCUUCCCACCGUGCAGACUCAGCCAGUUUCAGACGAAGAUGAGGCGGUGCCUCCUGCGAUUCCCCUCCCUUCUGCCCCCAUGCACGACAAAACCGCCGCCGGCGAUUUUGCCCUGCGGUCGAUGAUCGAAGAGAACGCCUUCCAAGCUUUGAGCGACGGGCCCUGGGCGAAGCGUCCCCGGCUGUCGCUCUGCGAGGAAGCCGGUUUGGAAGACAACGAUUUCCUCUCGCUCACUUUCCCGAAGAAGCUGUGGAAGAUCGUGGAGAGCGAUCAGUUUAAGUCUCUCUGGUGGGACGACGAGGGCAGCUGCGUGGUGAUCGACGAAGAGCUGUUCAAGAAGGAGGUGCUGGAGCGCAAAGGGCCCAUGCGCAUCUUCGAGACGGACUGCAUGAAAAGCUUCAUCCGCCAGCUGAACCUCUACGGCUUUAGCAAGAUGAGGCAGAACUUCCAACGGUCGGCCUCCCUGGUCGAGUUUUUAGCGGAAGAAAAGGCCGCUUACGCGUUCAGCAAGCUCCAGUUCUAUCAUAACCCCAAUUUUAAGAGAGGAUGCCCUCACCUUCUCGCGAGGUGCAAGCGAAGAGUCGGAAUCAAAAACAUGCCACCCGUUGCUUUCUCGCUAGAGGAAGAUUUCAGCGAAAUCUGUUUGAAGAGCAGAUCCGGAAGCCCAGAAGGUCCACCUUCUCUGGGAUCUUCUUCCAGGGAAAAUAGUUUCCUGACCACUUCUCCCAAAGAUAAAAUGCACAAACUCGGUCUCCGGAAGCCACCCGGAGUGACCAAAGGCCUUGCUGGAACAGUAGGCCGUCUCAAAAGCGGUUUCGCCUCUUCUCCAACCCCUUUGAGGUCUUCAGAUCAGGGGCCUCCUGAGGACACUGAGAACAAGAUCAACCAGCUGGCGCCUUUCCACUUGCCCCAGCACCCCAGCCAUGCUCGAGUCAACACCCACGAGAUCGAUUCCACCACCACCACUUCAGCUACCUCGUUGUACCACGUCAUACCUCCCGUCCCCAACAGCCCCUUUGCGCCAAUGAUGGGGCUGCCCGCCUUCCCAACCAUGUAUCCAGACUUAUCCGCCAUGCAAGCUCAUUGGGCCAGCAUCCUUCCCUUCUGCAACCCGUGGUUCUCCAUGCCGAUGAUAGCGGCCGCUUCGGCGAUUUCUAUGUCCAGGUCUUCCCAUCAUCACCGAACUCCUUCCUACCACCACUGUCCCAACUGCAACUGUACGUCCAACCCUCCGUCCGCUUCGAAAGGAGCGGGACCGAAAACGGCAGAUUAUGCCGGGUACCAUCGAUAAAAAAAGGACAGGAGACAUUUCUGGAGACAUUUUGCAUCUACUUAAAAAUAAGGGAAUCUUAACCACGGCAUGGGCUGAAGAAUAAACUUUUGUUCUUCCUGUCUGGUUUA